CCUUCCUUCCUUUCUUUCUUUCUUUCUCUCUCUCUCUCCUCAACCAUGAGUUACAUAUUGGAGCCAUCCUACAGGAGGUCUGAAACUAGAAGUUAUACCAGGACCAGUCACACUCCUUCUUCCAGUGGGUUUCGCUCUCAGUCUUGGACUCGAAACCCUCCCAACGCUGUGUCUUCCUACAGACGCCUCACCAACUUGAGUGCUCCUCGGGCUUAUAGCUCCUCCGAUAGCCUAGAUUUUAGCCAGAGCAGUGCCCUGAAUGGGGACUACAAAAUCACUCGCAGCAAUGAGAAAGAGAUGCUCCAAGGACUCAAUGACCGCUUUGCCGGCUACAUUGACAAGGUCCACUCGUUGGAACAGCAGAACAAGUCGUUAGAAGGCGAGAUCCAGGCACACAGACAGAGACAAGUGACCCGUGGCCAGUUGGGGGAAGUCUACGACCAGGAGCUGCGGGAGUUGAGGUCGUUGAUCGAGCAAGUCAACCACGAGAAAGCCCAAUUCCAGCUGGACAGCGACCACUUGGAAGAUGACAUCCAACGCCUCAAGGAGAGGUUUGAGGAGGAGGCGAGGUUGAGGGAUGAGACCGAAGGCAUGGUCAGGCUGCUCAAGAAAGAGACGGAUGAGUCAAUGAUGAUCAAGAUGGAGCUGGAGAAGAAGGCGCAGUCCUUGCAAGAUGAGGUGGGCUUCUUGAGGAACAACCAUGAGGAGGAGGUUGGGGAUCUCCUGGCCCAGGUACAGAGUUCGCAGAUCACGGUGGAGAGGAAGGACUAUCUGAAGGCGGACCUCAGCUCAGCCCUGAAGGAGAUCCGCUCGCAGCUGGAGGGACAUUCGGCCAAGAGCGCCCAGGAGACCGAAGAUUGGUUCCGCUCCCGCUACUCCAAGCUCAACCAGGCGGCCGAGGUGAACAAAGAGGCCAUCCGUUCGGCCCGGGAGGAGAUCGGCGAGUACCGCAGACAACUCCAGUCCAAGAACAUCGAGUUGGAGUCAGCCAGAGGAACAAAGGAGUCACUGGAGAGACAGCUCACCGACAUGGAAGAUCGUCACAACACCGAUGUCUCCAACUAUCAGGAAACCAUUCAGCAGCUGGAAAACGAGCUCCGAGGAACCAAGUGGGAAAUGGCUCGUCACCUGCGGGAAUACCAGGAUCUCCUGAACGUCAAGAUGGCUCUGGAUAUCGAGAUCGCUGCCUACAGGAAACUCUUGGAAGGUGAGGAAUCGAGAUACACUUUCUCUGGGAGUAUCUCUGGACCCACGUUCUCCUCCUACAGGCAGCCAACCCCACCCUCAGCGCCUAGUAAACUACAGAAGACCAAGGAAUUGCCCAAGCUCAAGGUGCAACACAAGUUUGUGGAGGAGAUCAUCGAGGUUGAAGAUGAGAAGAUGGAAUUGGAUGACCUGGAUCUGGCUGAGGCAGCCCAGGAAUUGGCCGCGGAACUUUCCGUAGGAAAAAACCAACAGGAAGAGGAAGCAGGGAGCGAGGAGAAGGCUGGGGUGGUGGAGGAGACGAUCGUGGCCGCAGUCAAGGCGGACGUGCGGGCAGAACCAGAAGCCAAGAGCGAGGGAGAAGCAGAGGAGGAGGAGGAGGGGGGAAGAAAAGUAGAAGAACAAGAGGCUGAAGAGGAGGAAAAGGAAGGGGAUGAUGGUGGCGAUGAGGAUGAAAAAGAGGGAGGAGAAGAUAAGGGCAAGUCCGAAGAUGAAGAGGAGGCUGGAGGAAAGGCUCAAGGCACCGACGCGGAAGCACAAAUCGUGGAGGAGAAGAUCGAGAGCGUAAAAGCUUCUAAGGAAGAGAAGACCCCACCACAAGUGGCGGAGGAUGAAGAGGAGAGCGAAGAAGGAGGUGAGGAAGGAAAAGAAGAGAAAGAGUCCGGCGAGGAUGCAGGAAAGGAAAGUGAGGAGGUCGAUGCUUCUGAAGAUCAGACCAAGGCAGGAGAGGAACCUGCCCCUGAGACGAAGCCAGAGAAAGUUGGAGGAGAAGCGGCCGAGGAGAAAUCGGAGGAAGAGAAGGUCAAAGAGGAGGUGAAGCCCAAGGACAAGGAGACUGUCAUCAAUGGCACGGCCAAGGGAGAGGUGGAAGGAGCUACCGAGGAAAAGGAGGAGGAACGAGGAGAAGGUGAUGAUGGUGAUGACGAAGAAGGAGACAAAGUGCUGGUGAACGGCGUAGAUGAGAGUCCUUCGAAGGAAGAUGCCUUUGCCGUGAACGGUGCGCGGGACACGCUCUUCGAGACCAAGACCAUCUCCAGGAUCGUGGACGGAGCUGCGGAUGGAGUGACCCAAGAACGAGAGACCAUCUCCGUAGACGGUGGGGUCACCAAACACAUCCGGGAGUACGUGACCGUGACUCAGACCGUGGAGGAGGGGGAGGAUGUGGUCCAGGAAACCACGGUGUCCACCAAAACGGUGGCAAAGGUGUCGCGCACCAUGAUCACAAAGGAGGAGAGCGACUGAACCGGAGAAAGCCGUAGGCGCUU